AUGGAUAAAUUAACAGUAAUUUCUGGAACACUGUUUCUUGCUGCUGAUAUUUUUGCUAUAGCUAGUCUUUCCAUGCCAGAUUGGAUCAUUACUGAUAUUGGUGGAGACACUAAAUUAGGAUUAAUGUGGUCAUGUAUGACAUUAUACAAUAGACCCCAAGUCUGUUACACUCCAGAUCUCCAACCUGAAUGGUUAAUUGCAUUAGCUUGUAUAUUUGUUGGGUGUAUUUUAAUAACUGUUACAAUCAUAUUACUUAUUUGUUCUCAUUGGGAUCGACAUGUUAUUCCAUAUGCUAGAUGGGUUGGAUUUACAGCAAUGGUUCUAUUUUGUUUAGCAGCAGUAAUCUUUCCAAUGGGUUUUCAUGUAGAUGAAAUAGGGGGUCAACCAUAUCAGCUACCUAAUUCUCACCAAGUUGGAAUAUCGUAUAUUUUAUUUGUUUUGGCCUUGUGGAUAACUGUUAUAUCUGAAUUAUUUGCUGGUAAAGUGUGUUUACCUCACUUUUAA